ACAAGUCUCCCUUGCGUGGCAACGCUUGACAGAGUUCAAUCUCGGAGGAGCGCGGGGACAAAGGACUCUGCCUUUCGUGACAGCGAUCGCCGGCCGGCUUGACAUUUUCAUGAGCGGUUUUCAUGAUUCAGACUAACCAAAUUUGAGCACGUCACAAGUUUGCAGCUUGAAGCGCCAGUCCUGUCCCACUCGGCUCGUGCGUCACUGCGGUCUGCGCAGAUUAGCAGAGUAGCAGCAGUAUAAAAUGGCUUCCCACAGUGACUUUUCGGACUUUCCUGUCGACUUGAGCAAGUUCAAGAAGCUUUCCCUUGAUCCAAAGAAGAAGACGCUAUCAGAGCAGGAGCGUUCAGACCUGCUGAGCAAUAUCAAGCUCUUCCGGGAUGCUAUCGUCUUCUUCACGGCCACCGGCGCCGCUCGAGGUGUGUCUGGCCAUACCGGCGGGCCCUACGACACGGCACCAGAAGUCAACAUCCUGCUUGCCUUCUUCAAUCACUCGCCUGCACAAUUCUUGCCGAUAUUCUUCGACGAGGCAGGACAUCGUGUGGCGACUCAGUAUCUCUUGAGCGUGUUGAAUGGUGAUAUGCCGGCUUCACACCUGCUCAACUACCGAGCAGCAUCAUCCAAGCUUCCCGGUCAUCCGGAGCUCGGGUUGACGCCUGGGAUCAAGUUUUCAUCCGGACGACUCGGGCACAUGUGGCCGCUUGUCAAUGGUGUCGCCUUAGCCAACAGCGAUAAGAAUGUCAUUUUGCUCGGCUCGGACGGAUCGCAGCAAGAGGGCGACGACGCAGAAGCGGCGCGUCUUGCAGUUGCCAAGGGCCUCAACGUCAAGCUCCUCAUUGACGACAACGAUGUCACGAUUGCUGGUCACCCUUCACAGUACAUGCCUGGCUACUCUGUGGCCAAGACGCUGGCGGGACAUGGUCUUAAGGUCUUUGACACGGAAGGCGAGGAUAUUGAUAAGCUGUACGCUUCAGUCUGCGACCUCGUGGCGCACGAUGGACCUACAGCUCUCAUUGUCAAGCGCGUCAUGUGUCCCGGCAUUGACGGUCUCGAGGGCAGCACGCACGGUCACGAUGUCAUCCCUGUGCCCAAAGCGAUCAAAUACCUCAAGGACCGUGGCUAUCCUGAUACUGUCGGCGAGAUUUUGAGCAAUAUCAAACCUGCACCCAAUCCUUACCUGUAUACUGGCGUCUCGAAAGAGCUCGGCGCCUGCCGUGUCGAAUUCGGCGACGCUGUCAACGCCCAGCUUGACAAGAUGACGAAGGAAGAGGCUGCUCGCACGGUCAUGUGCAUCGAUUCUGAUCUCGAGGGUUCGACGGGACUCAAGAAGAUCCACGAGAAGCACCCAGAGGUGUUCCAAAGCUCUGGUAUCAUGGAAAGGGGCAACUUUUCUGCCGCUGCCGGAUUCGGAUUCGGCCACGAAUCAGAGAAGCAAGGCAUCUUCUCUACCUUCACUGCGUUCUCCGAGAUGAUCACUUCUGAGCUGACCAUGGCCCGUCUCAAUUUCUGCAACGUGCUCACCCACUUUUCGCAUUCGGGUUGCGACGAAAUGGCCGACAACACUUGUCAUUUCGGCAUCAACUCUUUCUUCCUCGAUAAUGGCUUGCUCGAUGCACACGAGACGCGCAUGUAUUUCCCUGCCGAUCCAUCGCAGCUUAGAGCUGUCAUCGAUGCGGUCUUCAAGGAUAGGGGCAUCCGGUUCGUCUUCUCCACACGCUCAAAGGUACCUUGGAUUCUCAGAGAGGGCACGCAAGAGAAGCUUUACGAAGGCGACUACAAAUUUGUUCCUUGCAAGGAUGAAUACGUCCGCACUGGCAAGGCUGGCACGAUUGUCACGUAUGGCGAGAUGACGUACCGCUGCCUUGAUGCUGUCGAGCGCCUGCGAGCUGAAGGCUACGAUAUCGCACUCGUCAACAAAGUCACAAUGAACGUCGUUGACGAGGAUGCGAUCAAGGAGUAUGGCUCUUCGCCCUUUGUACUCGUUGUCGAAUCUGCCAACCAGAAGACCGGCCUUGGCUCAAAGAUGGGCACAUGGUUGCUCGAACGCGGUUUGAAGCCUACUUAUGGCUACAUGGGCACCAAUAAGGAGGGCUGCGGUGGUCUCAGCGAGCAGAUCUUCCACCAGGGACUGGGACCGCAAGACAUCUUGCUCAAGGCAAAGUCGCUGAGCAAUGCCUCACCAAAGUGAGAAUCCAAGCUCAAAUUGUACGAAUCGAAAUGCAUAGAUGG